GAAACAGAAACAGAAUACGAAACAGAACACAGAACAGAGGGGAAGAAGAAGAAGAAGAAGGAAGGGCGGACACUGUUGGAACUGUUGGCUUUGUCGGUUAUCUGAGGAAGGAGGAGAGCCAAAGCCAUAUCAAUGGCGAAUGCUCCACCGGACAAGUGUCUGUUCAUCCCUUCUCUAUAGCGUCCUUCCCCACCCCACCAAAUAAAAAAUAAUAAAAAAUAAAAAUCCCCCCAACAAAUCGAAGAAUCUCCAAAUCUUCUCUGACAACUGAACGCCAAUGUUUUCCGUUUAAAGUCAACGCCUUUCCCUCUGUUUCAGCUUUUCCCGCAUCCCUUCACCCCCCCAGUUUUCCCCUUUUUGCCGCCGCCCCGUCGCUUCGAAGAAGCCGAGAUUCUGGUGGGUCUUUGUCUCCCCUGAUUCAUCCCCCCAUUUUCUUCCCCUUUGGUUGGAUCGGAUUGGGAGAUGAAAGUCGAGGGAGGAAGAGGGCAGAGUUGGGGUUUGGUGUAGAAACAUGGUGGAAUCCUGUCGGAUUGCAAAUGGGCUUAUUAUGCGAUCGCGGCCGAGCUCAUUAGUGCCUCCUCAUCCCCUCCGUCACCGGAACCUGCAUCUCCGCGUCGGCGGCUUUGUCGGAUGCCGUCUCCACUUCCUGAGAUCGGCAUUCGGUUCCUCGUCCGUUGCCGCCGGGGAAUUCUCCGAGCUCCGUCGUCGUCGUUGCCGUCUCAAUCUGCAACGGCGACUUCUCUGACUACCCUUUACACUCGUACGCGCAUCUCCGGGAUCGCCCUACACUGCUUUCUCCUCGCGUUUGUGGUUGCUCUCUGCUUCUUGACAGGAACAGGAAUGACUUCUCGAUCUGCUUCUGGUAAUAACAGUGGUUUAUUAGUUAAAUCUAGCGAUGUUUCCGACUCCGAGCCCGAUUUCAUAGAGGUUGAUCCCACCGGUCGCUAUGUUCGGUAUAGUGAGAUCUUGGGCAAGGGUGCUUUCAAGAAAGUUUACAAGGCAUUCGAUGAAGUCGAUGGCAUAGAAGUAGCUUGGAAUCAAGUGAAGGUUGAUGAUGUCUUGCAAACACAAUAUGAUUUGCAUAAGCUCUAUCUGGAAGUUCACUUGCUCAAACUUUUGAAGCAUGACAACAUCCUCAAAUUGUACCAUGGCUGGGUGGACUACAAGAAGAAAAACAUUAAUAUGAUCACGGAACUAUUUACAUCUGGAAGCUUGCGGCAAUACCGCAAGAAGCAUAAAAAGGUUGACAUGAAGGCUAUCAAGAAUUGGGCAAGGCAAAUUCUGCAAGGUUUAGUGUAUCUUCAUGAUCAAGAGCCUCCAGUUAUUCACAGAGAUUUGAAGUGUGAUAACAUAUUCGUAAAUGGGAAUCAAGGAGAAGUGAAAAUUGGAGAUCUUGGGUUGGCAACUGUCAGGAAGCAACCUACAGCUCGAAGUGUUAUCGGAACCCCCGAGUUCAUGGCGCCAGAGCUUUAUGAAGAGGAGUACAAUGAACUCGUCGACGUCUAUUCAUUUGGGAUGUGCAUAUUGGAAAUGGUGACUUUGGAGUAUCCAUAUAGCGAAUGCAAAAAUGCUGCUCAAAUAUAUAAGAAAGUUUCCUCGGGCAUUAAGCCUGCUUCGCUGAAUAAAGUCAGCGAUCCAGAAAUUAAGGCAUUUAUUGAGAAAUGUCUCGUUCCGGCCUCACAGAGACUCUCUGCCAAGGAGCUUUUGGCUGAUCCGUUCCUGCAAGGUGAUCUUUCACGGUUGGCAGUUCAAAGUCCGAGCUUAACAAAUUUGUCAGAACCGCUUCUAAUGGAUAUGGAUGGUGAUUCUAAGCAUCUAUCUCCUAGCACGUGCAUGGGGAGUAACAGUCACCCGGUUCUUGAAUUUGAGAGAAUGCAUGGGCAUAGCCUGUUCAAAUUGAGAGGAAGGAAAAAUGAUGAAAAUUCUGUCUCGUUGACCCUACGGAUUUACGUUCCAUAUAGUCCGGUUAAAAACAUUCAUUUCCUCUUUUACCUUGAUAGUGACACUGCUCUCUCUGUGGCGAGUGAAAUGGCCGAGCAGUUGUCAUUAGCACACCAUGAUGUGGUAUUUAUAGCUGGUUUUAUUGAUUUCCUGAUAAUGAAGCUUAUUCCUGGAUGGAAGCCUUCUGAUUAUCUAUCAGAUGGAGUGCGGAGCCCUCCUCUCGAUGAUGACAAAAUGGCAAUGGUCAGCCCGUCGGAUUCGAUGGUAACUAGCAUGCCUGCAGAAUUGAUGGCCCAGCAAGUUCCUCCCGAGAGCGUGCAUGCGAGGAGUUCCCAAGCUGGUGAUAAUCUUGACGAUGUUUAUCAGAGCGAGUACUACUCUUCUCCUGCUCUUGUUAAUCUGGACAAUCGGGACUCUCAGCAAUCCGUUGUUUCCGAAAUAGCCAUUGAAGAUUCUUCCACCAAGCACGACAAAUCGGUUGAAUUCGUUGAUUGCCCUAUGAAUGGAAGCUUCGAUGCUUCGAGUGCAACAAGUACUAAAGUUGGAAAUUUCAUACCAAUGAACGGACAUCUUAGGACUGCAAGGUUAUCUUCAAAUGAUAUGGAGGGACAUGUUAUGAGCUUGACGAGCAGCUGCUCAUCGCUCUCAUUGGCAGACAAAGAUAUAGACGUGGAGCUAAAGUUAGAACUCGACUCGAUAGAAGCCCAAUAUCAGCACUGGUUUCUAGAGCUCUCUAGGAUGAGAGAGGAGGCUCUGGAGGCUACUAAAAGGAGGUGGUUGGCCAAGAAAAAGCAUGCUGUUAAUAAUUAACGGAGGGAAGGGAAGGAAAAAAAAAAAAAAGAAAGAGAGAAAAAAAAUAUUCUCUCUGUUGAUAUUUGCUGAUUUGGUGAAUGUAUUAUUCUACCAGAUUAGUUUCUGCUGUUGCCCAAAUAUUUUGAUACUCCGUUAACUCGAGAGCUUGUUUGAAUACAAAUUGAGGCGAUAAUUUGAUUAGAAGUCUGCUGCUUAUUUCCUCCAAUCAUUGAA